UGGACGUCUCCACACUCCUCGUGAGGCCAUCUUUUGACAGGUCCCCUAUUCAACAGCCAUCUCCCUUUUCUCUCAUUACACUCCAAGAACUGUCCAUUAACUCGAUCAUCUUUGACUGUCGCAUUAGACACCGUACAUUGUUUCCACCUGCAUACGCUUUGACUGUUGGCUGGUCAAAGUACUAUUUAGCAGAUCAAACCCUCUCGCUCUUGGCUUUCGUUCUUGUCCUUUGCCGCUAUUCCGCCGAGAGAUCAACGAACCCUCGUUCUUGCUCGAGGUGAGUUCUUAUGAUGGAGAUGUUCUUCCUCUUUUGUGCGCUUCCGUGUGAGCAUAAGCCUUCUCUUCGUCUUCGUGUAUUUCUCGGAUAUCAGAACGAUCGAGUAUGAUUACCAGCAACCGGCAGCUGAUGGUGCCUCCUGGCUUCCGGUUUCACCCGACCGAUGAGGAGCUCCUCUACUAUUACCUGAGGAAGAAGCUAGCCUACGAAGCCAUCGAUCUCGACAUCAUAGGGGACGUCGACCUCAACAAACUCGAACCAUGGGACCUCAAAGACAAGUGUAGAAUCGAAUCGGGGCCUCAAAAUGAGUGGUACUUCUUCUGCCGUAAGGAUAAGAAAUACCCAACCGGUACACGAACCAACCGAGCGACGGCUGCCGGCUUCUGGAAGGCUACUGGGAGGGACAAGGCCAUACAUCUUGGCAACUCAAAGAGGAUUGGCAUGAGGAAAACCCUAGUAUUCUACACCGGACGAGCUCCUCAUGGCCGGAAGACAGAUUGGAUCAUGCAUGAGUAUCGCCUCGACCGAGAGACCUCAGAGGUUCAGGAAGAUGCAUGGGUUGUCUGCAAGGUUUUCCAGAAAAAGAGCCAUCCGACGCACAUCCUACCUGAAACAGUGGUCGAGGAAGACCAAUUCGAUUCCAGUGCAAGAAGCUCCCGUACGAUGGAGAGGAAGCAAACCUUUCAUCCACCAUCCGAGUUCUCCUUCAAUGUCUCGAUGCAUCUUCCCCAGCUACUAAGCUCUGAACCUUUUGUCUCUCCCCCAGUGCCUCCUGUUUCCAUGAGAUCGACGUUGGGCGGAGGAGUAACUCUUCCACAGGAGAGGUUGAAUUGGGAUUGGUCCAUCUUGGACAAGCUCCUCGCUUCCCACCAAAACCUGGAUCAGAUCUUACAAAGCAAGAGCAAUCCCCCAACCCAGUUCCGGUGAAGUAUUUUUCCAAGGUUAAUGACGCUCCUUCGAUCGAGUAGGAUUGCCAUUAAGCCUACCAUGUCCGGGAUUCGAAUGUACAUAGAUCGGGUGUUGUUUAGUCUACGAUCAUUUCAUGGGUUUGCUUGGUCUCACCUGCAUAUCCGCUGCUGGAAAUGGACAUGUACUGUUUGUUUAUUGUAUUUCUCCGCAGUCCAUGCUCAGUACAGAGCAGCGAGCCCUGUCCAGGCUUCGAGAGAGUGCACGAGACAGCCCAAUUCUUGCUCGACCGAGCCAAUUCGCGGAGCGUGUUGUGCUCGUUCUCUCCAAGUCGAUAGUUUGGUUGCAGGUCGUGAGGUGGUGGUGGUGGUGGUGUGAA